AUGACAGUGCUUAUUAUGAUUUUGUUUUCGAGCAAGAACGCAGACCAGUUGGCGCGUGCCAAGCAGCAGCUGGAGACGUGUUUCCGGUUUUUGGAUGAUGUUAGUCCAUACUGGGCAAUUGGAGGUGACCAACUGCAGUUCCUAAAAUCCCUUCUUGCAGGAGACCUGUCAGGAAUUAUGGGAGGAGAAUCCGCUGCAGCAGCAACAGCUGCAUCAGAGACGGCAACAACUGCGAUGGCUGAUGGAUCAAGCGCUGACCCAGGAUCAGGAGGGCACCAGAGGGGUGCGAUCAAUGACAGCAGUUCGGACUCAGCUGGUUCAGCAGGGCAGGCAGUUGUUGAUCGGUUGACAGUCAGCCAUGCUGGGGUGAAUGAGACGUCGAGCGCGUUUUUGACGACGGACUCUGGGAUGAGUACGGUGUGGCUGGAUGCUGAGUCGUUGGGAGCAGUUGAGGAGGCGACGGUCAAGUCCUUGAGCAAGAUGAGUCUGCUGCACCAGACGACGACGACGGAUAAGCCCAAGACUGGUAGUAAGAAACCCUCACCGCCGCCAGCAUCGUCGUUGUCGUAG